ACACAUCGAAGCGUUGUCUAGUGGCAUUGCACUAUCUCUUCACAAAAAUUGUGGUUGCAGUUCUAUCCUUUCUCGAUAUUGUAUGCAAUCAACUCAAGUAUAACAAUCCAAAACUCCCUGUUUCACUCUCUCUAUACUACCUGCUUCCUCUGCCUCCCAUCAUCUUAAACAGAUAUGGGGUUCCUCUACUUCAUCUGCACCUUCAUAUUUUCAGUACUCUCUCUUUUCCUAACCUUCUUCUCUUUCCUCGCACUCAGAAUCUUCACAGGCAAAUCCAUCGGAGACCCAAACUAUGCCCCUGUGAAAGGCACAGUCUUUCACCUGCUCUACUACUACAAAAAACUCUAUGACUACCAAACCCGAGUGGCCAGAGGAACCCCAACUCACCGGAUACUGACUCCGGACUUGAGUUUAAUAUACACAACCGACUCAAGAAACAUCGAACAUGUUGUCAAAACCAACUUUGCACAUUAUUCAAAAGGCGUGUUCAAUCAGGAAAUCAUGUGUGAUAUUUUUGGGCAGGGGAUAAUUAUUGUUGAUGGAGAAAAGUGGAAACACCAGAGGAAGCUUGCAAGCUAUGAGUUCUCAACCAGGGUUCUUAGAGAUUUCAGCUGUUCUGUGUUCAGAAGAAGUGCUGCAAAACUGGUGAAAAUUAUUUUUGAGUUUUCGGAUUCAAAUAGGGUUUUUGAUAUGCAGGACUUGCUUAUGAGGUGUACCUUGGAUUCUAUAUUCAAAGUUGGGUUUGGAGCAGAACUAAAUUGCUUGGAAGGGUCAAGCAAAGAAGGGAUAGAAUUCAUGAAGGCCUUUGAUGAGUCGACUGCUCUAACCUAUUGGCGCUUUGUUGAUCCCCUCUGGAAAUUGAAAAGAUUUCUCAACAUUGGUUCUGAGGCCGCCCUUAAAAAGUAUGUCAAAGUCAUACGUGAUUUUGUGCACCAACUUAUCAAGAGCAAGAGGGAAUUACUAGCUGGCCAGAAACCUGGUGAUGACAAGGAGGACAUUCUCUCACGGUUUCUCUUGGAGAGUGAAAAGAAUCCAGAGGAGAUGAACGAUAAAUAUCUAAGUGAUAUAAUUCUGAAUUUUAUGAUUGCUGGGAAAGAUACAAGUGCAAAUACACUAUCAUGGUUCUUCUACAUGCUCAGCAAGAACCCUCUAAUACAGGAAAAAGCUUCACAAGAAGUUAGGAAUGUUUUUGGUCUGAAUCAUGAAGCUAAUGUCGACGAAUUUGUGGCCAGUAUAACUGAUGCAACACUUGAACAAAUGCAUUAUCUUCAUGCAACAAUAACAGAGACCUUGAGGCUAUACCCAGCGGUUCCUGUGGAUGGGAGGUGUGCAGAGAUAGAUGACAUUCUGCCUGAUGGCUUUAGAGUAAAAAAAGGAGAUGGAGUAAACUAUAUGACCUAUGCCAUGGGCAGGAUGCCUUAUAUAUGGGGAAAAGAUGCAGAGCAUUUCCGACCUGAAAGAUGGCUCAAGGAUGGAAUUUUCCAGCCUGAAUCGCCUUUCAAAUUUGUCGCUUUUCAUGCUGGUCCUCGGAUCUGUCUAGGGAAGGACUUUGCCUACCGGCAGAUGAAGAUAUUAGCAAUGGCUCUUCUUUACUUCUUCCGCUUCAAAUUGGCCGAUGAAGCAAGAGAAGUAAACUACAGGACCAUGUUCACCCUUCACAUUGAUGGCAGUCUCCCCAUGCUUGCAGUUCGAAGGACAAUGGACUCAUAUAUACAAAAAAUGGGGUUUCUCUAUCUCCUCCUCACCCUCACACUUUCGUCACUCUUCCUCUUCCUAGCCUUCGUCUCGUUUCUCAUACUCAAACUCUACACAGGCAAGUCCAUCAAAGACCCAAACUACCCCCCUGUAAAGGGCACCGUCUUCCACCAGCUCUUAUAUUUCAACAAACUCUACGGCCACGAAGCCGAAGUCGCCAGAGAAAACCCUACUUACAGGCUACUGGCGGUGGACCACAGCGCCAUAUAUACGUGUGACCCAGGAAACAUUGAGCACAUGCUCAAAACCAGAUUUGCUCAUUACACGAAAGGGGAGUAUAACCAGACUAUUGUGAGAGAUGUUUUUGGGCAUGGGAUUUUUGCUGUGGAUGGAGAUAAGUGGAGGCAGCAGAGGAAGCUUGCGAGUUUCGAGUUUUCAACCAGGGUUUUGAGGGAUUUUAGCUGUUCUGUUUUUAGGAGAAGUGCUGCCAAAAUUGUCAGAAAGGUUUUGGAGUUUUCCGAGUCCAGUGAGGUUUUUGAUAUGCAGGAUUUGCUUAUGAGAUGCACCUUGGAUUCCAUAUUCAGAGUUGGAUUUGGUAUAGAACUGAGUUGCAUGGAGGGUUCAAGCAAAGAAGGGCUAGCAUUCAUGAAGGCAUUUGAUGAGUCAACUGCUCUGACCUACUGGCGCUAUGUUGAUCCAUUCUGGAAAUUGAAAAGAAUUCUUAACAUUGGUUCUGAAGCCACCCUUAAAAUUUAUGUCAAAGUCAUUCAUGACUUCGUGCACCAACUUAUCAGGAGAAAGAGGACAUUACUAGCUAGCCAGAAAGAUAGUAAUAACAGGCAGGACAUACUAUCACGACUUCUAUUGGAGAGCGAGAAGAAUCCAGAGGAGAUGAAUGAUAAAUAUCUAAGUGACAUAAUUCUGAAUUUUAUGAUUGCUGGGAAAGAUACCAGUGCAAAUACACUCUCAUGGUUCUUCUACAUGCUCAGCAAGAACCCUCUAAUACAAGAAAAAGUUGCACAAGAAGUGAGGGAUGUCGUUGGUCUGAAUCAUGAAGCCAACAUUGAUAUAUUUGUGGCCAAUAUAACCGAUGCAGCUCUUGAAAAAAUGCACUAUCUUCAUGCGGCAUUAACAGAGACCUUGAGGCUAUACCCAGCAGUUCCUAUUGAUGGGAGACAUGCAGAGGUAGAUGACAUUCUUCCUGAUGGCUUUAGAGUGAAAAAAGGAGACUCAAUUAACUACAUGAGUUAUGCCAUGGGCAGAAUGCCUUAUAUUUGGGGAAAGGAUGCAGAGGAGUAUAGACCUGAAAGAUGGCUCAACAAUGGAAUUUUCCAGCCUGAAUCACCAUUCAAAUUCGUCGCAUUUCAUGCUGGUCCUCGGAUCUGUCUGGGGAAGGACUUUGCUUAUCGGCAGAUGAAGAUAGUAGCAAUGGCACUUCUUUGCUUCUUCCGCUUCAAAUUGGCUGAUGAAAAAAAUGUGACCUAUAGGACCAUGUUCACCCUUCACAUUGAUGGAAGUCUUCCUUUGGUUGCACUUCCAAGGAGAAAGAUGGUUAUUCUCUAUUUCAUCUUUGCUUUCACAUGUCUGUUACUUUUCCUCUUCAUAACUUUCUUGUCUUCCCUCAUACUCAGAAUCUUCACAGGCAAGUCCAUCAGAGACUCAAGCUACCCGCCUGUAAAAGGCACCGUUUUUCACCAGCUCUUAUACUUCACCAAACUCUAUGACCACCAAACCCAAAUAGCCAGAGAAACGCCAACUUACCGGCUUCUUUCUCCUAACCACAGCUCUGUAUACACAUGUGAUGUGCGAAAUAUAGAGCAUGUCCUCAAAACCAAAUUUUCCACAUAUACGAAAGGUGCAUAUAAUGAACUUAUAAUGGGUGACACUUUUGGUCAUGGGAUAUUUGUUGUUGAUGGAGAGAAGUGGAGGCAGCAGAGGAAGCUUGCAAGUAUGGAGUUCUCGACCAGGAUUCUUAGAGAUUUUAGCUGCUCCGUGUUUAGAAGAAAUGCAGCCAAACUGGUUAAAGUUGUUCAUGAGUUUUCAGAUUCCAAUUGUUCUUUUGAUAUGCAGGACUUGCUUAUGAGAUGUACCUUGGAUUCAAUAUUCAAAGUUGGGUUUGGAAUAGAGCUGAAUUGCCUGGAGGAGUCGAGCAAAUCAGGGUUAGGAUUUAUGAAGGCUUUUGAUGAGUCAACUGCUCUGACUUACCGGCGAUAUGUUGAUCCAUUCUGGAAAGUUAAAAAAUUUCUCAACGUUGGUUCUGAGGCCAGCCUUAGAAAGUAUGUCAAAGUCAUUAAUGAUUUUGUGGACCAUCUAAUCAGGAGCAAGAGGAAAUUGCUAGCUGGGGAGAAAGCUGGUAAUGACAAGGAGGACAUACUAUCGAGGUUCCUUGUGGAAAGUGAGAAGGAUCCGGAGCAAAUGAAUGACAAAUAUCUAAGUGAUAUAAUUCUGAAUUUUAUGAUUGCUGGCAAAGAUACUAGUGCAAAUACACUCUCAUGGUUCUUCUACAUGCUCAGCAAGAAUCCUCUAAUACAGGAGAAAGUUGCACAAGAAGUGAUGGAUGUCGUUGGUCUAAAUCAUGAAGCUAACAUUGAUGAAUUUGUGGCAGAUAUAACUGAUGCAGCUCUCGAACAAAUGCAUUAUCUUCACGCUACUCUAACUGAGACAUUGAGGCUAUAUCCUGCAGUUCCCCUGGAUGGGAGAUCUGCUGAGGUAGAUGACAUUCUUCCUGAUGGCUUUAGAGUGAAAAAAGGAGAUCGAAUAACCUAUAUGGCCUAUGCCAUGGGAAGAAUGCCUUACAUAUGGGGAAACGAUGCUGAGGAUUUCCGACCUGAAAGAUGGCUCGAGAAUGGAAUUUUCAAGCCAGAGUCACCUUUCAAAUUCGUUGCAUUUCAUGCAGGGCCUCGGAUCUGUCUAGGGAAGGACUUUGCUUACCGACAGAUGAAGAUAGUAGCAAUGGCUCUUCUCUGCUUUUUCCGCUUUGAAUUGGCUGAUGAAACACAGAACGUAACCUAUAGAACCAUGUUCACCCUUCACAUGGAUUGCAGCCUCACUAUGCUUGCAGUUCCAAGGAAAUCCUUGAACAUUUCAUGAGCAAAAACAAUGUCU